CUGAUGAUCAAGAAAGAAAGAGAGUUCAGUUCUCACAUAAGGUUUCAUCUUGUUCAUUUUCUGAGAUUACUUUUGAUCCGUUAACAAAUCAGGUUAAGCCCAAAGUUGAAGCUGAAUCUUGUGUUUGUAAUGACUGGUUUUAGUGAUACCUUUGCUGUAAUGGGAGAAUGGGUAGACUGUAGCACUAACCACAAGAAGAGAUCCAAAGCAGAACUCGAUAGAGAGACUUCUUUAGAAGAAGACGUUAAGAACAAAGAUUUUCUUCAAACCAACUUUCAAGAGAGAUCUAGUUACUCAGGAGGUGGUCUUAGUGAAAGGAUUGCUGCUAGAGCCGGGUUUAAUAUACCGAGUAUAAACAUAGAGAGUAAUCUUUGGUCUUUAAACAUCUCUUCUCCUGGUGUUAGCCCUGCAACUCUGCUAGAGUCUCCUGUCUUCCUCCCAAACCCUUUGCUAUCUCCAACAACGGGAAAGCUCUCAUCACUACCUUCAGAUCAUAAAGCUAAGGAUGAGUUCUUUGAUCCUACAAUCAUCGGUGUAGAACCCGAUGCUUCCCAAGCCUAUGAGCAAACACAUAACAUUGGUUUAGGAGGUGCACCUGCAGAUGAUGGAUACAACUGGAGGAAAUACGGACAAAAGCUAGUUAAAGGAAGCGAGUAUCCGCGUAGCUAUUACAAGUGUACACACCCAAACUGUGAGGUCAAGAAGAAGGUUGAACGGUCCAGGGAAGGUCAUAUUACAGAGAUCAUAUACACAAAAACUCAUAACCACCCGAAACCUCCACCUAACCGCCGUUCAGGGAUUGGAUCCUCCGGUACAUGCAAUGACAUGCAAAUAGAUGGAACCGAACAACAAGGUUUGGCGGGAACUAAUGAAAACAUAGAAUGGACAUCACCUGUAAGAAAUUAUGGAUCAAUGCAGGUUCAAAACAGAACUCAGUUCGGGUAUGGUGAUGCAGCCUUCUUUAAAGAUGAAGAAGAUCGCACGUCCGACAUGAGUGUUUCCAUGGGUUACGACGGAGAGGCAGAUGAAUCCGAGCCAAAGAGAAGGAAACUAGAAGCUUAUGCAAUGGAAAUGAGUGGAUCAACCAGAGCCAACCGUGCGCCAAAGGUCGUGGUGAAGACCACAACUGACGUUGACAUCCUCGAAGAUGGCUAUCGCUGGCGCAAGUAUGGACAAAAAGUCGUUAAAGGAAACCCGAAUCCAAGGAGCUAUUACAAAUGCACAGCUACUGGAUGUAUAGUAACGAAGCAUGUGGAGAGAGCUUCUGACGACCUCACGUCCGUACUAACCACUUACAUAGGCAAGCACACUCAUGAAGUACCAGCAGCUCGCAACAGCAGCAGCCACAUGAGUUCAGGCAGCUCAGGGACCAUCCAAGGCAGUUUACCGACUCAGACCCAAAACUACCAUGUGCACUAUCCGGAGCCACACAGUAGAUCUGAGGGACUGGUCACAGCCAACUCAUCUCUAUUUGAUUUCCAGCCAUCCAUGAGGCCUCCUUGGGCUGGUUUCUCAGUUUACGGAGGCGAAACUGAGCUUCUGGGUCUUUCAAUAUCUGGUUUAGCUAUCGGACAAGAGAGGUUUAGCAUGCCUGCAACUGGUGAUCCAGCUGGGCUGAUGUUGCAGUUACCAGCAGAGCCGAAGUUGGAACAAGUCUCACAACAGGAACUUGGAUUCUCGAGGAGCUCGUUGAUAUACAGAGAUACGAGUAGCUUACCACAAAUAUAAAACCAGUUUAGUUGAAUAAACAGUAGUUAGAGUUAAGGGAAGGUAAAGGCUGCUUGGUUUUCAAAGUCUUGUCGCGUGAUUUUAAGUGCUAAAAAUAGAAGUAAUCUAAUAAACAUAGCUUGUAGUCUUAAAGAACGUCAUUAGCUCUUAGAUUCCGAAAA